UUUACACGUCGAUUCGAUGACUCAAUCUCGAUGCAAUUCGCUGUUUACGGUGGCUGUAGAUGCAAAAUAUCUCUUUUUUUCAACCAUUCGUACGCUUUUUCACUUUGUGUCGCAGAGAAAGAGCUGUUCACUUGCCGGGAUGUGCUCUGGUACAUGGUCUUCUGUGGCUUCGCCAUUAAUUACGUGCUGAGGAUAAAUCUGAACCUCAUCAUAGUGGCGAUGGUGAUACCGUAUCCUAAAGCCGCCGCGGUCGCCCAGUGCAGCGUGGAGAAUAGCACGGCAUCCUGGACGAACGAGACAGAUAGCAACGUUUUCUUCCCGAUCACGACGCCGUCCUACUCCUCCGAAAAUGUCACGUACGAAGACCGAUUCGCUUGGAACGAGUAUCAACAGGGAUUGGCGUUGGGCUCCUAUUACUGGCUGCAUUGGCUGUCUCAGGUGCCCGGUGGUCUUCUGGCCAGACGGUACGGCACGAAACUGGUAUUUGGCUUGGGGAACUUUCUGACGGCUCUCUUAGGAUUUUUCAUUCCCUACGCGACGCAUUUGUACAGCUUGUUAGCCCUUCGAGUGCUACAGGGACUGAUAGCGGGUGUCGCAUGGCCUUCCAUGCACGACAUGACGGCCAAAUGGAUUCCGCCGAAUGAAAGAAGCAAAUUCGUCAGCGCUUAUCUCGGAAGUUCCGUGGGAGUGGCGAUUACUUACCCCUUGUGCGCGGCUGUCAGCAGCACCCUCGGCUGGGGCGCAUCCUUCCACGUGACGUCCUUGUUGGGGGUGAUUUGGUACUGCUUCUGGCAUUUCCUCGUGUACGAUUCGCCGCAGCAGCACCCGCGGAUCUCCGACGAAGAGAAGAAGUACAUCGUGGACAACAUCGCCGGGUCCGUUGAGGAGGAAGAGACAAAAGAGAUACCCUGGAAAGAGAUACUUCGGUCAGGACCGGUCUGGGUUACCAUCGCCGCUCAUUGGAGCGGUGCCUGGGGCUUCUUCACUCUCAUGGCGCAGGCCCCGAGUUACUUCAACUUCGUCCACGGCUGGGACAUCAACGCCGCCGGGGUCCUGGCGGGUGCGCCGCACGUGCUCCGGAUGAUCUUCUCGUACUUCUACUCGAUAAUGAGCGACUGGCUGCUGCGCACGAACAGAAUGAGCUUGACGAACGUGAGGAAACUGGCGACCUUCGUGUGCACGGGUGUUCAAGGCAUCUUCAUUAUAGCCCUCGGGUACAGCGGAUGUCAGCCAUUGCUCGCGGUAGUCUUCAUGAUGACCGGCACCGCGGUGAACGGCGCCGUUUCCGCCUCCAGCCUGGCGAGCUUCGUUGACCUCAGCCCGAAUUACGCCAGCGUCCUCCUCGGCACCUGCGGCAUGAUCGUCACAUGGAGCGGUUUCAUCUCGCCGGCGAUCGUCGGCAUAUUGACGAACAAUAACCAAACUGUGGGGCAGUGGCGUGUGGCCUUUCUGAUCGCAGCUGCGAACUCAUUGGCGGGCUGCAUCAUCUACAUGAUAUUCGGCACCUCGAAGGAGCAACCGUGGAAUCAAUACGGCAAAUUGAAUUCGAAGGAACGGGAAAUGCAGAAGCUGACUCCGGAGACUCUGAAAUGCGAGAACGGCAUUGAGAACACGGGCGACAUCGAGAAGUCGAAGUUCAUCGAAGAGAGGUGAAGUAACUUACUGUGUGUGCCUUGCGAGGUCAUCAUUCCGACAUAUCGCGACAAGACGCGGCAGAUAAUAGUUUAUAACGACAAAGAGGAUGACUCCUUCUCCGUGCGUGAAUGUAUGUAUAUUACACAACAAACAGGAUGUCAACGAGAUUGGUGGUAUAUAUUUGAUAAUAAUAUAUGCACAAUAAUACAUUCACAUAAUUUAUUUUUGGAACACACUUCGUCACGAGGAAAUGAAGGAGCGAGAUAUUGAUAAUGUGGUGUAAAUAAACGCUACCAUAUUCAUAGGACACGCCGAGACGUAUUGUGACUUAGAUGUAUUUUCUCGAUCGCAUAAUACACACAUUUUAUCAAACUGAAACUGCAUGUUACUACUCAACUUUUGUUUUCUGCAGAGAUACAGAGACGAUAUAUUGUUACCUCAUUUCUUUUUCGCGUGUGCAAAUUGCGGUGCUCAAGCAAUACAAAUCGACGUCGCGACCGACGAUUCGAUUAUUUCCUCGCCUAUGGCCAACAUCAGAAUUAUCACAGCUUCUUUUCUGCUGUGAAGCAGAUUAACACCACGUUUGAGUCUAUCACCUGGGCAAACACAUCGUGUAGCUACCAUGAAACGUCAGUCAUUCACAGGUCUUGCUACAAUUUACGUAUUAUCAGUCCAUUGCCAUCAUCCCAUAAGUAAAAAGUGCACAGUGUUCUUCUCAUUUGUUAAUGUGCAAGAGAGACAGCUUUGAUACGCGGGCACUUUUCAGUCUCCACCAUAUAGAUAUCUAAGCUCGAAUAUCAAGAUCUCAUUUCAAGAUCUACGAAGACUUUGCUAAGAAAUCCUUGCAUGUCAACAGGAAGACUAAUAAUUUACGCACGGACAGAUGCAUUUUCACCCGAAAGCCAUAAUGGUUCUGAUGUUUUUUUUUUUAAUAAAUCUGACGAAUAA